CGGCGAGCGCCGUCCGCCGCCAAUGUUGUUUUCGCUGAGUCGAGGCGCUGGUGUUGUUGGCGGCGGCGCCAUAUUGGAAGGGACGAGCGCCCGCUCUCGAGCAGCCCCUGGGCGCGGGCCCGGCCGCCGCCAUGCUGUACCUGGAGGACUAUCUGGAGAUGAUCGAGCAGCUUCCCAUGGAUCUGCGCGACAGGUUCACCGAGAUGCGCGAGAUGGACCUGCAGGUGCAGAAUGCAAUGGAUCAGCUUGAGCAGAGGGUAAAUGAAUUUUUUAUGAAUGCAAAGAAAAACAAACCUGAAUGGAGAGAAGAACAAAUGACAUCAAUCAAAAAAGAUUAUUAUAAAGCAUUGGAAGAUGCAGAUGAAAAAGUGCAGCUGGCUAAUCAAAUAUAUGAUCUGGUAGACCGUCAUUUGAGAAAACUGGACCAGGAACUCGCUAAAUUUAAAAUGGAACUUGAAGCAGAUAAUGCUGGAAUUACAGAAAUAUUAGAGAGACGGUCUCUGGAGCUGGAUACACCAGCACAGCCUGUGAAUAACCAUCACUCCCAUUCUCACACUCCAGUAGAGAAAAGGAAACACAAUCCAUCUCACCACAGUACAACAGAUCAUGUUCCUGAAAAGAAGUUUAAAUCUGAAGCUCUUCUAUCUACCCUGACAUCAGAUGCUUCUAAAGAAAACACACCAGGGUGUCGAAACAGUAAUUCAUCAUCCUCUUCAAACAAUGCAUACAAUACAAACUCUUCUCAACCAUUGGCAUCAUAUAACCUGGGCUCAUUAUCUUCAGGAUCCGGGGCCGGUGCUAUUACCAUGGCAGCAGCUCAAGCAGUGCAAGCCACAGCACAGAUGAAGGAGGGAAGACGAACAUCCAGUCUAAAAGCCAGCUAUGAAGCAUUUAAGAACAAUGAUUUUCAGCUUGGAAGAGAAUUUUCAUUGUCCAGAGAUUCAGCUGGAUAUUCAUCAUCAGCUCUGGCAUCUACAUUAACUCAGACGUUAAGUUCAUCAACCACAGAUUCACGAAGUGGCAGGAAAAGCAAAAACAACAACAAAUCCUCAAGUCAGCAGUCCUCAUCGUCAUCAUCUUCUUCCUCUCUAUCAUCAUGUUCUUCUUCAUCUGCACUGGCACAAGAACUGUCUCAGCAAACAGCAGUAAUACCAGAGUCUGAUUCUAAUAGCCAGGUUGAUUGGACCUAUGAUCCAAAUGAGCCACGUUAUUGUAUUUGUAAUCAGGUGUCCUAUGGUGAAAUGGUAGGCUGUGAUAACCAAGAUUGCCCUAUUGAGUGGUUCCACUACGGAUGUGUUGGACUGACAGAAGCACCAAAAGGGAAAUGGUACUGUCCACAGUGUACAGCUGCAAUGAAGAGAAGAGGCAGUAGACAUAAAUAAGUUUGUUCAUCUGGAAAAAAAUGGCAUAAUAAUAAAAAAUGGUUUUAUAAAGGACUUGGGAGGGGAGGGGCAACUCUCACCACACUUCCUUGCAACCACUGAAGAGUAACAUAGCAAUCAUAGAAUGGUAUGGUUGGAAAGGACCGUAAAGAUCUUCUAGUUCCAGCCCCCAGUCAUAAGAUCUUGAACUAUUGGUUUUGCUAAGUCGUGUUUUAAUAUUGUAGGUAAAUUAUUUAUGCACCUUGAUGUGCUACAGAUACUAUUCCAGUGAGCCUUGGAUUGUUCCAGUGGCCAGCAUAUGCAGAUAUUUGUACUAUCAAACCAUUUUCUCUAAGCAGUGGGCAUUCUACAAGUACUCAAUCUUCCAAAAAUUCCGAUAAGUCAAGAUUUUAAAUGUAUGUUUUAUAUACAACAGAUAUAUUCUGCUGCAUGUACUGUACGCAAGAGCUGUUACGUAACACUAUGUAUAUUAAUAGUGCAAAAAGUCAGUGCUUCUGAAAGGAAAAAGAGACAGUGGUUUUUAAAAUGCCUUUAUAGCUUUGGUUCUUUAUGAAACUUAAUUCAGCAGGCUGAAGAAAAUGGUUCUUGUAUACAGCGGGCUGUUGUCCUUUAGGGUACUUGAGUAUGUAAAGACAAAAAAUGCUGUAGAAUACAACAAACUUGUGCCAUUAGUCUUUAUAUGUUUCUGCUCCAGAGAAGGCGGGGGCCAUAAGAAGAAAAAAAGGUGUUAAAGUGACAAUAAAUUUUUAUACCAAAUGUGUUUAUUUUUUUGUGCAAGUAAUCCUUUAAAUUUGAAUUGUAUUAGGUGUAAAAUAAAAGAACCUCAACUCCUCA